AACUUAUUAUUUCUCUUCUUCUUGUUGAGAAAACUGAUCCUUCCUUUCUAUUCUUUCACAUUAUUUUGCGUAAUUCUUCCUUUAACCAUGUUUAUCCCUGAAGCCGAGCUUCCCAUGUGGGUUAUUUGCUACGUGCCGAUUCUUAUGACAUUACUUAACGUUCUCCCGGCACCAAAAUCCAUUCCGUUCAUCGCCCCUUACCUACUUUUCGAAAACACCAUGUCUGUAACAAAAUUCAACGCAAUGGUAUCGGGACUCUUCCAGUUGGGCAGUUCAUACGAGUGGAUUGUGACAAAAAAAGCAGGCAGAUCUUCGGAAUCCGAUUUACUGGCUGUUGUUGACAAGGAUAUGAAAUCAAUGUUACAACGACAGAUCAUCCGAGGUGCUUCUGAAAGUGAUCUUUCAGAGUUGACCCCAUUGAAAGAACAAAAGCCUCGACCGGUUAAGAAAAGCAAUAAGAUAUACAGAAAAGAGCUAGCCCUUUCUUUCCUCUUGCUUACAGCUUCAGUCAGAAGCCUUUUAUCUGCUCAAGGACUCCAUUUCUACUUUCUGCUUUUCCAAGGAGUGACCUUCCUUCUGGUUGGCCUUGACUUGAUUGGAGAGCAAAUCAGUUAACAAAAAGGAUCAAUGACAGCAAAAGACUGGACGUGAAACAUUUCCAUUGAACGUAAAGGUUGAACUCCAACCUUGAGAGCUCCCACCGCCCCGCCCCUAGAGCUUUGUGAGGGACGUUACCAUUGAACAUAGCUUGUAUACUUCGCCACAUAUUGCAUGCUUGUGAGAGGAGAAGGUGUCGGCAGAGCCCUAAAAGAGUGGGGAAAACAACCUCAAUAUUGAUCAAGCUCAGGCAGUCGAGGACCACCAAAAUUAUGUAGGUAUGCAACUUGUGGAUUUCAAUCUCAGUGAAGAAAGAUGGCAAGUUCAAUGGGCUGUUAGUGACAUCAAUUUUGGGACAACUUUAGUCCUUUUAUUUGGCCACUUUGCUGUGGUUUCUUUGCUGCUUGCAUUGCUGAUACUGUUCAUUUCUUUGAUGUUGGUUUGAUCUACUUGUCACGUAUUGCACGGGAUUCUUGUUCCAAGGUGAUUUAUUUAGUAAAGAUUGAUAGUCGAGACAA